UUGGGAAGAGAGCAACAAAAGAGCAAGAGAGAGAGAAAGAGAAAGAGAGAGGGACAGGAGAGAGAGAGAGAGAGAACAGAAGAGUGGGAGAUUUGAGUUGUGCAGGUGAGCGCCACUGUAGAGAGUAGAGUAGACCUCCAGUACCUGUCUAAAGUAGGGCUGGUGGGCUAUGCUGCUAAAGUGCACUGAUUAGGUCUGCAGAGAAAGAGAGUUCUUUGGAUAAUGUACUACGUGAAGAAAAAGUCCCAGUACAGCCUCCUGAGCAACAGCAUGGAGUCGAGCCUGGGCGCGCCGCCACCGCGCGCUUCCUCCACCAGCCCCUUCGGCUCCGACAACGCCUCCAGCGUGCCGACGCCCUCGCCCUACGCCCAGCCCAACUCCACCUUCGAGGCCGCCUCGCCGGCGCCCGCCAUCCCCUCCAACACCGACUACCCCGGGCCCCACGUCUUCCAGGUCACCUUCCAGCAGUCCAGCACCGCCAAGUCCGCCACAUGGACGUACUCCCCCCUACUGAAGAAGCUGUACUGUCAGAUCGCCAAGACAUGUCCAAUCCAAAUCAAGCUCUCCACAACUCCGCCCCCGGGCAGCAUCAUCAGGGCGAUGCCCAUCUACAAGAAGGCGGAGCAUGUCACAGAGGUGGUCAAGCGCUGCCCCAAUCAUGAACUCGGACGAGAUUUCAACGACAGCCAGGUCGCCCCUGCCAGUCACCUGAUCAGGGUGGAGGGGAAUAAUCUGGCCCAGUAUGUAGACGACGGCGUCACAGGCAGACAGAGCGUAAUGGUGCCUUAUGAGUCUCCACAGGUGGGGACAGAGUUCACCACUAUCCUCUACAACUUCAUGUGUAACAGCAGCUGUGUGGGAGGAAUGAACAGAAGACCCAUCCUCAUCAUCAUCACCCUGGAGACACGAGAUGGUCAGGUAUUAGGCCGGAGGGCGUUUGAAGGUCGGAUCUGUGCCUGUCCGGGUCGAGACCGCAAGGCGGACGAGGAUCACUUCCGAGAACAGCAGGCCAUCAACGAGAGCGUCAACAAGAAUGGCAACGCCAACAAGCGCAACUUCAAGCAGAGCCCUCCCAACAUGCCUGGACCCUCAGUCAACAUGAAAAAGCGCCGGCAUGGUGAUGAAGAGAUGUUCUACAUCCCUGUGCGAGGCAGGGAGAACUUUGAUAUCCUGAUGAAGAUCAAGGACAGUCUGGAGCUGAUGUCUCUGGUGCCUCAGCAGCUGGUGGACUCCUACAGGCAACAGCAGCAGGAGCUACUGCAGAGACAGACCCCCAUGAGUUCCACGUCCCAGUACGGUUCUCCCCUCUCCAACAUGAACAAGCUCCACACAGGCAUCAGCAAACUGCCAUCUGUCAAUCAAUUGGUUGGCCACCAAUCACAGCAGGGGGCAGGUCCCUCCCCAAGUAUGGCACAUAUGGGAGGGAACAUGCUGAGUGGUCACCACAUGCAGACUAAUGGAGAUUUGAACGGGUCCCAUCCCCCUCAGCCCAUGGUGUCCGCCUCUCACUGUACCCCUCCCCCACCAUACAAUCCCGACCCCAGCCUUGUCAGUUUUCUGACCAGUUUGGGCUGCCAGAGCUGCAUAGACUACUUCACCUCACAAGGGCUGCAGAGUCUCUACCAUCUGCAGACACUCACCAUGGAGGACCUUUGUGCGCUGAAGAUCCCGGAGCAGUUCCGCAUAGCCAUCUGGCGCGGGCUGCAGGACAUGAAGCAGGGCCACGACUACGGCCAGCAGCUGAUCCGCUCCAGCAGCAACGUGGCGGCCGCCUCCAUGGCCCUGGGCUCCGGCGUGGAGCUGCAGCGCCAGCGCGUCAUGGAGGCCGUGCACUUCCGCGUGCGCCACACCAUCACCAUUCCCAACCGGGCCGGCGGCGCCGGGGGAGUCGGCAUCGGGGCGCCGCACGACGAGUGGGGCGACCUCGGCUUCGACAUGCCCGACUGCAAGAGCUCGCGCCGCCAGGCCGCCAUCAAGGAGGAGUUCACGGAGAGCCACGUGCACUGAGACUCGCGACGCCUCUCUGAGCUUCUCUUCCGUUCUCACUCUGCUUCAGAUACAGAAGGCCAGAGGAAGGCUAGAUUCGUAAGGGUCUGCUGUGGUUUAAAAGGAUGUACUAUUAUGGGAUGCUGGUUGCUCUUUCAUUAUUUUUUAAAAGCACUUCCAUUUGCAAUGUUUUCACUCCUAAUGUUAUGACUCUGUCCCAGCACAUUUCUUCAGUUACAUGAUGCUGGAAGGUCUUCAUACACUCCACUUCAGACACACUCACACACACAGGACAUUUCACACACCUUUCACUUCACACACUGCUAUACAAUGCAACUCUUGUUCAUUCCAAAAUAGGUCAUCUUAUCUUACCUUUGUUUCAGAAUCAUCUGCAAUUGUUUUCUGAAAAACAUGCUGAAACACUCAGGAACAUUUGUACUUAUUACAGUACAUUUUAUACAACUGUGUUACAUCUGAUAUCCACUGAAAGGUAUUAUUACUUUAACAGGUCGGGUGGGAGUGGGCGAUGGUACAAAUCUGUACUACUUUUAUUUAUUGUAUAUUUUCUGUUGUGUAAAUAUGUGAAUAUGUAAAGUAUUGCUUUUAACAGCUGUAAUCUCUUUUUUUUCCAUUCUGCAUAAUUGUUUGCUGGUGUAUAUUUAUCUUAUUGUGCUUAGAAAAGUCGUACCGGAACAUAUCUAGGACAUAUAUUGUGCACACAUGCCAUGAAUGUGUGGAACCCAGGUGAAUCAAGUGAUCGUCAUCAAACAUACACUAAACAACAUGAAUCAAUGUGUGAAUACACCCUUAUGCAAUAUUACUUAAAUGUCAAAUGGCUUAAAUUGUAUCACCUUCCUCUCAUGUUAAAUAAAAAACGAACAGUUUAUAUUUAUAUGUGAAAAAAUAGACCUACAGGCCCCAGAGCAGGAACAUAUUGUAACAAAUGUUAUAGCUUUCAUCAUUGAGGUUAAAAAAAUCAAUAGUUACUCCAUCCUUAUUUUUCAUGAUAGACACAGUCCACCUCGGCACAGAGAAUAUGUCUGUGUUGUGGAAAAAUUUUGGACAGAAAUUCAGCUAUUCUUCAAAGAAAGUUUUUUGUUUGUUUGUUUCAGUUGCUCUGUGCUGUAGGGGUAGUUGUGUUGUGUUGUAUCACACUCACCUGCGUGCUUCACCACAUUCACAGUAGCCGCGGCCUGGUUUAUGCCAAGCAUACUGGACCCCAUCUCAGCCUUACAAAUCUUGAUCUCAUAUGACGAAGGAAUAUGCUCCCAAUAUUCAUCAGGCUUCUUCUCAUGUUAUUCAGUAAAGUUUCAUGGUGCGGAUUGUGCUGAAGGUCAGUUGCUGUUGUUGUUGUUGUUGUUGUUUUCCUGGACGGUGUCCAUUAAGGUUGACAUUAUGCAGUGUCCUUUACACGGUCUGUAACUGUAAACUGAUUUCCACCAUGAUACAACGUGUUCAUAAAAGGAAAUUCCUAGAAAUAUGCCAUUACUGAGAGAGGUACCAUUUUUAAUCCUGACAUUUAUGUGAUACUGCAGAGGUUUACAUGUGAUCAAUCUGAUUUCAGAUACAUCUUACAAUAUAGACUGCUUUCAUCAUAUCAUGUGUGAAACAUUCUAAUACUUAGUGCUUGAAUGAUGUAUAUGUCGAUGUCCUGAACUUCUUGAUUUGUUAACCCUUAGAUGCAUAGGCUACCAAUACCUACACUCUUCCAUGAGUGGGGUCAAAAAUGACCCCAAUUAGAAUGCAUGCGUUUUUUGCUUUAAACUCAAAUAAUGUCUUUCAUUUUGGUUAAAGAUGAUGAUUUUUAUUAGAUAUUUGUCAAACAAAUUAUUAUUUCAUGUUGGACAUAUGAUGUAUCACUUUUUAUUAACAUUUUAUUACAAAACAGCUUUUAGAAAGGCGAAAAAGGUAAACAUCCUAAAAUAAUCUCAACAUAAGUGAAUAGGGUAACAUUUUUAACUUAGAGAUAUCCUCAUGAAACUUUUCCAGUUGAAUACUCACAUGAAUAGGAGAAAAAAACGUAUUGCAAGUUUUCUGUAUUUAUGUUUAAAUAUGCUAAUUAGGUCAUGUCUAAUUAAAUAUGCGCUAAUUUGCAUAUAUGUUUUGAUGCAAAGAAUCUGACCAUUGGAAAAAGCCAGGUUGAAAAUUGUUUUUUUGUAGUGUUAAUAUAUCAAAUAAAAAAACAUUUACAG